AUGCCCUGCGUUCGGGGCAUUUCCGGGGAGGAGCUGGCAAAUUUCGCCACCGAGGACUUCCGGGAUGUUCGUGAAUUGAAGAGCCGAUUGCGAAGUCUUCAUGGCUUCCCGCUGUGCCUGCAGCAGCUCCUGUGUGAUGGCGACCACUUGAGGGAUGAUGACCCUGUCAAGGCGUCUGAGCUAACAAUGGUGCUGCGGACAGCCGUCACAGCGGAGCAACGACAUAAGGCUGCAGAAGAGCUUGUGUGUUACGCUGCUGAUGGGGGGUUUCUUGAAGUGGCACGGCUUCUGCUGCAAGCGGGCGCUGACAGGGACUACUGCAGGUCCUCUGAAGUCGCCGAAGGCAGUUCUUCCGAGGAGUGGGACAACAUCGGCUGCACGGCGCUCUCCCGGGCCGCCAAUCGUGGCCACGCCGAAUUGGUUCGACUUCUCUUGGAGGCUGGGGCCGAUAAGGACCUGCAGGAUGAAGAUGGCAUGACGGCUCUCAUGCACGCAGCGCAUGAAGGCCACGUCGAGAUUGCACGGAUCCUUGUGGCAGCUGGCGCUGGCAAGGACUUGGAGGAUGAAGAGCGCACGACAGCUUUAAUGAUUGCAGCUGCUACAGGGCACACUGAGAUUGCCCGUCUAUUGGAAGAUGCCGGUGCGACCAUGGAUUUAGACGAUGCUGUCGGCAGUCAAUGA